ACAGCCUCGACCUUUCAGUGUGCAACUGUUGAGCUCUGGCUGGGGGUUGCUGGGUGAAGCAACUGGCUCUGUGAUCCAUGUGACUGCAGUUUCCGUUGCUUAGUUCCUUCCGCAAGUUCUAAAAUAAUCUGAUAUUAAGUGAGAGGGCAAACAGCUAAUUUUAAUAUUAUUUGUAGAGAUACAGCAAGAAAAGAGGGCACGGGCUGGAGCAGAAUGAACGUCCCAGACCUGAGCAUAUUGCUCCUACCCCUGGUGAGUAAGAACCUCAAGAUUUGCCUCCAUUCUUUGCCUGAAAAAGGGGUGCGGGGGUGGGUGGGUGAUGGUAACCAAAAGGAACCAUUCAACAGCUGCUGUUUCAUUCUGAACACCUACACUGCAAAAAAGCCAGUCGGCGUUUUGCGGCGUGGUUGAGCUCACCAAGAAUGUGUAUCAGUUCCAUGUGGUGUGGUUCUGGGAGUACACGAUGGAGGGUUCUGUAAUACAGAGGUGUUUCAUAAACUAGAUAUAUGAAGGAGAGAUAAGGCAGUGAGAUGGUUGCUGAGAACUCUCCAGUCUCACUCCAAGGCAUCUGCCACUCAAGGUCUUUGAAGAGUUACAGGGCAUCGAGAGCGCAAGGACCAAACUGAGAAGGCAGGACAGAUGGUGAGUGAAGUCCUUAAAUGCCUUUGUGAUGGCAAAGAAAAAGUGUCAUUAAGCAGGGGAGGAACUUGGGGUCAAUAACUUCGCUAGUCAUUGGCAAGGUGAGAAAGUAUGCUGGGGAUCCCUGCUUUGACAGUCAAUCCACUUUGUAAAAUUAAAAAAGCUUCAUGCCUAACUAAUAUAUAGUCUCAGAAAUAAAUCUCCUUACUAGGUCAAAAAAUCAGUAUUGCUUUUCCUCUUAGAGGACUAUGAGUACUUUCAGGAAUGGGACAAAUAUGAUGGAGGAAAUGGUAUGAUGAGAACAAAGGGUUAAUCCCCCUCCCUCAGCAGCACUGCUCUGCUCCACCAAGCAGCCCCUCCACCCACAGCUACCUUUCAGUAAAAUUAAACAUGUCAAAUCCAAUCAUGGAUCUCUAAUGUCAAAUGGGGUUUGGCCUUAUGCUUCCACUUGGAGGCAAGAUCAUUUCCAGAGAGCUAAGCGUUCACAGAAUGUGCCCCACUUUUGCCUUUAGUAAACAGGUUUUGCAAAACGCACUUGACCAGAAGUGACAGCUGGCUAGACAAAAUAUAUGUGCACAUCAUCAGACCCAAGAGACGCGGGUGGCACUGUGGGUUAAACCACAGAGCCUAGGACUUGCCGAUCAGAAGGUCGCUGGUUCGGAUUACUGUGAUGGGGUGAGCUCCCGUUGCUCGGUCCCUGCUCCUACCAACCUAGUAAUUCGAAAGCAUGUCAAAGUGCAAGUAGAUAAAUAGGUACCGCUCCGGUGGUUCACCAGAAGCGGCUUAGUCAUGCUGGCCACAUGACCCGGAAACUGUACGGCAGCUCCCUCGGCCAGUAAAGUGAGAUGAGUGCCACAACCCCAGAGUCGGUCACGACUGGACCUAAUGGUCAGGGGUCCCUUUACCUUUACCUUACAUCAGACCCAGCUUCAGAUUUGGGGGGAGGCUGGGCAGGCUGCCCUUAGUAGCACCCAGUGCUGACCGGACCUGUCACCAAGAACCUGCUGCUAUGUCACCCUGCCUCCUCUGGGCAUGGUGCUGCUGCUGCCACAAUCAGCCCCCCCCCCCAAUAUUUGCAAGCUUUGCUGGUGGCGGUAGCAGCACAUGGGCCCCAGCAAAUGCCUUAGAACAGUGGGUGUUGAUGCUGGUCUCCAUAACAUUGGGAAGGGAAGGCUCCUUCAAAUCACCUUUAACUUGGGUUACGCACACAUUAGCGGCUUAAAAUGUAGUGAGGUAAUUUUCCUCUGCUGUGCUUCUAGUGCUUUUUUACAUUGUGGUACACACCAGAUGCACAUUACCUGAUUUGUUUCCCCAUGCCAAACUUGUAUUCGGCAAAGCUUCCACCUACCUGCGCAUGUGCAAUUGCAGUCUCAAAUGUGCACACCUUAGCUUAGGCUUAUGUUUUCAAAUCGGAUGGAAGCUGGUUUGGGGGAAAACAACAGUGUUUCUCAAGAAGCUACAGGAGACAUAUGGAUUGUGGCUAGUGUUAUGUGUACUCGGGUUCAAACGGCAACAGUGGGAGUGUACUGGAGCGGAAGUAAAUAGCAAUGGGUAUACAGCCUUCUUUAAAAUUAAUGUUCCAGCCCCAAGCUGUUUAUGAUUAAUCUUUCUGGGCCUGUGGGCACCAUGCACAUACCACAACUCCACACACACUGCAACCAACACUCAUUCACUCACUCCCUACCAGCAAUUAGGUUUCUAAAAAGUCUUCUACUGGCUACAAUACAAGAUUCAUUUCAAACCCAAGAAGGAGAGGCAGGGUAGGGGCUCCUAGGCGGCAGGGAAGGUCUCUGCAUGUGCUUGUGUGACAUGGGUGCCACAUUGGCAACUCAUGGUUUAUAAGGAAGGGCCUUUGCAGUCAUUCCUGAUCAAAGCAAGCACCUGCCCACUUGUGCACAAAAACUGAUUAAGAAUAGCCAAUGUGAUCUGAAAAGUGUGCUUGCACACCAGAGGGUCAGGUGUGGGGAAGGCAGGUGCGUUGCACAAAUAAAUUAACAGAUUUUGGUGUAUGAAAAGUUUGAGAAUAAAUAUGCAUAUGGCAUAAAUUGCAUGGAAGAAGCCUUGGGAUGUCUGCUUUCUAGUAAGCAUCUGGUUCUUUCUGUAAUACAAAAUACAAUAAACUGUCAAUGUUGUUGUUUAGUCGUUUAGUCGUGUCCCACUCUUUGUGACCCCUUGGACCAGAGCAUGCCAGGCACUCCUGUCUUUCACUGCCUCCCGCAGUUUGGUCAAAAUCAUGUUUGUAGUUUCGAGAGCACUGUCCAACCAUCUUGUCCUCUGUCGUCCCCUUCUCCUUGUGCCCUCCAUCUUUCCGAACAUCAGGGUCUUUUCCAGGGAGUCUUCUCUUCUCAUGAGGUGGCCAAAGUAUUGGAGUCUCAGCUUCAGGAUCUGUCCUUCCAGUGAUCACUCAGGGCUGAUUUCCUUAAGAAUGGAUAGGUUUGAUCUUCUUGCAGUCCAUGGGACUCUCAAGAGUCUCCUCCAGCACCAUAAUUCAAAAGCAUCAAUUCUUCGGCGAUCAGCCUUCUGUCAAUACUGUCAAUACUGCCCUUUAAAACAUAUAUUUGCCCUGCUUUGUGUCUCUUUGCAGGAGUCCUGCUGUUGAAAUGGCACUAAUAGCCCUGAGUAUCUUCGUGUGGAUAGCUUUCCUAGAUACAGGAUGGGGAAGCAAACCUGCAGCCUAUCACAGCCUUUGCAGACUGGUGAGUCUGUCUUCUAUCAACUUUCUUUUCUUCGUUUAUUUUGAACCAUAUGUCAGCAACUCCAGAGGUCCACAAAUGACAAUGGGUUGUAUUCACCAAGCUUCUCCCAUUAGUACAAGGGCUUCCACCUGUGCAAAAAGGACUUCUUCUCCCUCUUUUCUCCCUGUAUGCUCCCUACCCAUCCCAUAAAUCUGUUCUGGGGGUUUCCCCAACCCUCCAAGAAGAUUUUGGAGGCAUGGGGGACAUGCAGUGAGAGGAAGUCCCGUUGUGCAUCUAGAAGUCCUUGUGCCAACUGGACAACUUCAUUGGAUACAACCCAAUAUUAUCCUAUUUUUAUUGUAAUUAUUGUUAUAGAUUUUAUAUAUGUAUAUAGUUUUAAUUCUAUCAAUGUUUAACGGGUGGUAUUUAAUGAUAGAUCUUUCUAUGUUUUUAACAACAACAGCAACUAAUUAAUAAUAAUGAAUAAAACUUUUAUUAUUUGUACCCCACCCAUCUGAGUAGGUUGCCCCAGCCACUCUGGUGGCUCUAGGUGUAAAUAUGUGUCACAGAUCACGUCUGCAUUGCCCUGGCAACCUCUGUUCCCCCACUAAGUCACAACAAUAUUAAGGAUCACAACAAAUUGCAAUUGCUGGGUUGAAUCUACACCUGAUUUCUUCUGCUACAUUAGCAGACAGUGCCGUCUUAACCCGGGGGUGCAAGGGGUGCGGUGCACCUGGGUUCCAAAUUCUGGGGGGCACCAAAUGUAUAUGGGGGUGCACCAAAUGUAUACCUACUAUACACCAGACACUCUCUACCAGUGGCAGUGAAAAGCAAUGGAGCGAAAGUCCUUGCCCCCCUGCUCCGUCGCUCUGUUACUACCUAGCAUUAUGAAACAAGCAGUUAUUUCCACUGCGUCGUCGUUACAGGUGAGCGAUUUUCCUCCCCUGAAAAAGAUCAAGAACUUUGGCUUCCCCCCUCCCCAAAAAAGCUCAACAACUUUGAGUUGCCCCCCGCCAAAUCUGGGGGCAGCUAAACUAAAUUUGGGGGCGCUGGGUGGAUCUUUGCACCCUGGCAGCACAUAUGCUAAAGACGGCCCUAGUAGCAGAGCAAGUGUUACAAAUUUCCCAUAAUCUGAUAAUAGCUUGAUCACUUUUUCCACACCAUUCAUGGUUAUUCAGAAUGAAAGAGAAAAAUCUAAUUCUUGCAGGGCCAUAGAGUUUACAAUAAAGGAAGUAGCAGAAAUGUUCUCUUUGGUAGUUUGUCCAUAGGCUCAAAAAAGCAGAUACCUUAGAUUGUUUUGUGCUGUUCAUGACGGGUGGUAUUGUUUGAAAGCAAAGCCUUGUCUUUAUAAGUGGCUCUGCAUUUGUUCAGAUCAUCCUUAGAAAUGUUUCUAAAAGAUCACAAGUCAGGAUUGUUGUGUAUUCAGAAAUUCUGCACAGGCAAAGAAAAAAAGGUAGAAAUGGUUCUGACUACAGAACUUGAGACUCUCAGCUUUCAUUUCUAAAAGAGAAGAUUUCUAGCCCUUGGAGAAAGAAAUGUAGGGUUGAAAGGUGGGUAACGGCUGGUAGAAAUUCAGAAGCUGGAAGCGUGGCUUGAAUGAGAUUUUCUAUGGUUAGGAGACAGGUUUCAGUGUUGCCACAAACAUCAGAGCUCCUUCCUUUUUAGAUUAAAUGUGCAAAUUUGUAUCAUGAAUAUUAGUUCCCAGAACUUGUUUUUCUUAGUGCGAAUUUGGGUGGGUUACCAUAACGAAGAUUCUGUUUUGUUUAGAGGGCAGAGCACAUACAGCUCUGAAAAUAUUGUUAUGGAAAACAUUUACUGUCAAAGUGUUUUAUCCAUUAAACUAUCUUUGCCCAAUAUUGUCCACACCAACUGGCAGGAACUCUCCAAGAUAUCGGGCAAAGAUAUCUCCCAGCUCCCUGAGAUACUUCACAGGAUAUGCCAGGACUGAACCUGUGAUCUUUUACAUGCCAAAUAUGUGCUCAGUCCCUAGCAUUUUAACUUGGAAUCUACAGGGCUUGAGUUAAGCCCUUUGUUUACUGUGCUCAUUUGAAGUGCAGUAUGGCUUUAGUAGCUGGGCCCACCUUUUUUUGUCCCAUACAUCUCUUUCUUUUCCUGCUGCAGGAAGGGAGAACUGCAGACUGCAAAGGCAGGAGGCUGAGCACUGUCUCACAAGACUUGCCUCCUGGAACAAUGGAGCUCUUCCUGGAUGCAAAUGUUAUACAGACCCUAAAGAAUGCAUCUUUAGUAAGGUAUCAAGUCCUGCAGAGCCUCAGUCUGUGUGAGAAUGGGUUGGAGCUCAUUGAGCCUGGGGCUUUCCUUGGUACCAGGAGCCUCAGUAGUCUAUCUCUGGCCAACAAUGCCCUCUCUGUGAACUAUUCUGCAACAGCAGCUGCUCUGGGGACUUUGCCUGCCCUGAGGAAGCUGGACCUAUCUGGAAAUCUGCUCAAUGAAGCUAUGAUGGCCACCUUGAUCCAGGAUUUGUCCUUUCUAGAAUCUUUGUCCUUGGCCCGGAACUCCAUCAUGAGGCUGGAUGACUCUCACUUAAAAAAUCUGCCCAGGCUGCAGCAUCUAGAUUUGCAGCACAACUACAUAUUUGAGAUUGAGACUGGUGCCUUUGAUGGUUUGCGAUGGCUACAGCAGCUUAAUCUGGCCUACAACUACAUUCCUUGCAUGGUGGAGUUUGACCUGACCCAACUCCGGAUGCUAAAUGUCAGCAACAAUCAAAUCGAGUGGUUCUUGGCUGCAGAGAAUGAUGCUGCCUUUGAACUAGAAACACUAGAUCUUUCCUACAACCAGCUCCUCUUCUUCCCGCUGUUGCCCAAGCAAAAUAAACUGAGAACUCUGCUGCUGAUGCACAACCAAUUGAACUUCUACAACAAUAUUUUCAAUGACUCAGAGGGCACAGUGCAGCUGUUAUUCCUGGAUGGCAACAUCACCAACAUCACCACCCUUGACCUCUGGGCCGAAAACCAUCAUAGCAACCUCUCUUCCCUGCAGUUCCUAGACAUGAGUUGGAACCAGCUCUGGUACCUUCCAGAAAGGUUUUUUGAAGGCAUGUCUUCCCUUGCUCAUCUGAACCUCAACCACAACUGCUUAAAGACAUUACAGAUACAGGAGAGUGACCUGGUAAGCACUCUCGUUGACUUGGAUCUCAGCUACAACCAACUUCAGGAUCUGCAGAUGAACUUGGACCAUAGAAGCAGCUUAGCCAACCUCAGAACAUUGAGUCUGAGCACCAACAGACUGCGUGGCUUGCCUGCUAAAAUCUUUACUCACACAACAAAGAUCACUACACUUGACCUCAGUAAAAACCCUAUAAAGCUUUGUGCAUCACAUGCUGCUGGAAGUCCCAGUUGCAUAGAUAUCAGUAAUGCUGGCUCCAUAAGGAAUCUUUUCCUGUCUGCCUGUGACCUAGAAAUACUGGACACCCACAUCUUUCAGGGGACUUCUAUAGCACACUUAGACCUUUCUGACAAUCCCAGGUCACUACUUGAUGGCUUAGGACCUCUGAAAGAUGUUGCACAAUCACUGCAGGUGCUCUAUCUUAGGAACACUGGACUUUCUGCUGCAAGGACAAAUAUGGACUUCUCUGCUUUUCAGAAGCUGGUAAACCUAGAUCUAUCUGAAAAUUCUCUGGCUAGCUUCCCUGAAUCUUUAGCAGGCCUGGAACUGCAAAUUCUGGAUCUAAGGAGAAAUCGUUUCCAUGCCCUACCUCAGCACGCCAUGCGGAAGCUUGGAAAGAGCUUACAUGAGAUCUACCUCAGCCAGAAUCCCUAUGACUGCUGCCAGCUGGGUUGGUGGGAUGCCCUGCAUGACCGUGACACUGUACGCAUUCUAGACUGGAAUCAAGUCACUUGCAACUUUUCCUCUAAGUUCAUCCGUGUAGCCAAUUUGCCUGAAUCAGUCAUCCAGAAUUGCAAGUGGCUAACGGCAGAUAUGACUCUGCUGCAUCUGGUCCUUGUUCUUCCUACCUGUUUGGCCCUGCUAGUUGCCUUUGUUAUCAUCUUUCUGACUUUCAGGCAACGAAUUCUUCAAAUGGUGAAGAGCAGGUACAGAAGGUCCAGCCCUUAUUGACUCUGGGAUGGUGUGAAGAAAACAGCCACUCGGACCCUCCAGAAUGGGCAUAGGUAGGACUGGGAAAUCCUAUUGGGUGAUAAUGCAUCCAUGAAUGGGGCUCCAGGAAGCCACAGUGUGCGGCAGUGCUUUAUAUGGAGUUGCCCAAUGUGUGUAAUAAAAUGUCUUCGUAUGUAGUUGGCAGGGAUGGCAUAGCACACAGUUCUGUGCAGAGACAAAUGCAAGAUAGUAAUCCUGUUUAAUGUUCACAAUAGGAAGAAAAAGGCCUUUAUAAACAUGAAAGACAAGUGAAAGGCACUGAUGCUGGGAACCAACCAUAAUGUUUGAAUAAAUGCAGCUCCCAAACAGGUGUAACUUCUUGGCCAAGCACUAACUAUUUUUUUUUCCUUUCAGGAGGAACACUUCCCCUACCCCCACCCCCAUUUGUGGGCUUUAACCACAUGCCAGUUGAAAUACUCAUAUGACAGACCUAAUGUUGGAGGGAACACUGAGGGGCAUUCCAAGGCCAUCUCAGCAGUGUUGGCUACAGCACAGCUUCUCAACAUGUGGAGGAGGUGCAAUUCGUAAAACGAGAUGGUGCAGUAUAAGGAAGCCAUAACUUCGCUGCAGAUGUGAAUGGCAUGUAGAAGACUAUAUGAAAUGAUUACCAACCUGGCACUUCUUACUCCAACUGACCCC